CCUGCUCCAACAUGGUUAAAAAUCAAGCAAAGGAAACCGGAUUCGUGGUGGAGAAAAUUAUGGAUAAACGAAUAACGCCUGAAGGUAAAGUUGAGUACUUUAUUAAAUGGCGCGGCUAUCCUAACUCGGACAAUACUUGGGAGCCGGAGGAAAAUUGCGAUUGCCCCUCAAUAAUACAAAAAUUCGAGGAGUCGAGGGCCAAGUCCAAAAAACGUGGAGAAAAGAAACCUAAAGUUGAGGAAAUACAAAAACUUCGAGGCUAUGAUCGUGGCCUACCCAUUGAACAGAUUGUCGGUGCAACAGAUGCCAAUGGACAAAUAUCCUAUUUGGUUAAAUGGCAAUUUUGUGAAGAAUUUGAUUUGGUAUCCGGCGAGGAGUUGAAACAAAAAAAUCCGGAAUUUAUUAUUGAUUUUUAUGAGAAGAGGUCUAUAUAUCAGAGAAACAUCAACGAUCGUCUAUUGGGUGUACCAGAUGAAUUGAGAAUCUUAAAUGCUGAUGGUGGUGGCCAUCAUAUGACGACAAGUGUGUCAAACAAUUCGGCAGCUAAAUUAAACAGCAAUGAUGUCCCUAUGACGGAGGAUUUAAACGAAAGUGGUGGCAGUUUAGAUAGCAAUGCUGUUUCUUAUUCGAUUCCGGUACCAGGUGUUGGUAACAUUGCCAUUGAUGUACCAAUGUUGGAUCAAGAUGUAUAAAUAA